AUGUCAAAUUCCGCGAUCUCACAUUACCAUACUAUUAAUGCAAUGAACUACAACGAUUGGACAUCGAUAAAUACCCAACUCCAAUCUGUUCAUGAAGAUACCGUUGAUACAGAGAACCAAAAGAUAUCCGAAAGAGCCCUUACAACUCUGUGGAAACAGAGUCACAGUUAUCAUGAGCCACAAGUGAAGGUCUCUAUUAAGAAAGGCAAAACCAUCACCAAGACCAAACGGAAUAGAAAGACUAUGAGUGAGACGGUUAGAGAAGCCUUUGCUAAGGAUAAAUUGGGUUACUUUGGUAAUCAAUCCAAAAUAGACGACUUUAUAAGAGAUUUAGGUAGUGGCACCUUACAAUCAGAUAUACUGCCCCUGACAUUGAGGAAGGGGGGACAACUACUACCUGGGAACAUAUUGUUUACUAGAGAUGAAUGGAUUCAUAUUGUAAAGCAGACCAAGCUACGGUUCCCGGAGUUGCAUCGUAAGGGGAAACAAACCCUUAAACGUGUCACUAGUCAAAUGCAAUUGGUCAAAAGCAUUGGAUCACCGUCGACUCAAACAAAAGAUAAUGAUAACACCAAUGAUGAUGAUAGUAAUGCUGAUAGAGCAUCUAUGUGGUCCCAGGCGUCCACGUGCCCUGAUGAAGAGUUAACUCCGAGUGAACUACGCUGGUUGUAUGAUUUACCGGAUACACAUCCCUGUUCUGAUAACGAGCAAGUCUCAGUCGACGAUGAAAGCUUCCAUAACGACUUCCCUUAUCUGUGUACACUUUCUCAAGCAAUGAAACAAUCUCAUGAUGUUGAUAUUAUUCUGGAUUCAGAGCCUGAACCGGAGCCUUUGAAGUUGGCUGAUUUCAAUCAAUCAGUGGCAAGUUUUCGUUUUGAUGAUAGUUUAAGAUUUAAAGAAGUACGAGAUAGUUUUAUUGGAGAACGUCAAGUAAAGGAUAGUUUCACUGGGGGUUCAUUAGUCAAAGAUAGCUUUAUUGGGGGUCCCUUCGUUAAAGAUAGUUUCAAGGAGAUGCCCGAUGAGUUCAAGACUCCAACUAAGAAACUCGUUUCAAUAAAUCCAGAAUCUGUUACCUCAACUAUUUAUUCUACGGCUGCGUCUACCUUGACCACUCCACAAAGUGGUAAGGGCAUUGACCAGAUUCUGGGAAUCCUAGAGGAUAGUAGCGAAGAAGUGAAAGAAGAAGAAUCAAAUAGUGGUGAUGAUUUCCUACCUUCUUCGUUCUCAGAUGUUGUACUACAAAGAGCUGAAAGACCUCAGAACUUAGAACGGAAAUCAUACCGAAUAGUGACAGUUCGAACUCCCUUGAAAAUUAAAGAUUACGAUAAUAAGGAGAUGCAUAUCAAGGUACGUAACGUGGUACCAAAACAAUUAGAAGCAAAUGAUCAUAAAGAAGAAUAUGAUGAUGAAGAAGAAGAAGAAGAUGUAAUAAACGAUUCACAAGAUGAAGAAGAAGCAAAUAUUAGUAUUAUUGAGAUCACGAGAGAACUUGAGCCACGACCACAUCAACAUCCACAAUCAACACCAUCACCACCACCACUUCCGACUACUGCUAGUACCAGAACCACCGUUGGAGUUGGAGUUUUUCAAGUGCCCUCAAGUACUAAUAGUUCACCCAUAAAGCCAGCAUUAUCAUCAAUUUAUUCAUCUAUUAACAGUGGCGAUUAUUGA